CAGUUCCCCAUGGUAACGAGGGUAGGUUCGCGAAGCACAACAGACGACGUUCGUUCGCGCGAGUGGUGUGAUCCGCUCGUGUAUUAGGACGAUCAAGAAUACACGCGUUUUCUCUACUAUUUCACGAAAGUUUUAGUGGCCUCGGUUCUUUUAUUUGUGGCACGUUCGCGAUCUUUAUAAUCGUGAGAUAUUUGAUACGAUCUACGAGAUAUACAAUAAAACGGAAGUUGAAUAUAUAAUAGAAGAACGAUAAAUAGAAGAGAAACAAAAAGAAAGAAAAAUAGAAAGAGAAAGAAACGUUAUUAAAGCGGCCUUUUUUUUUCUUCCGACGACGAAGGAGACGUUGUUGCGUCUCUACAGAAGAAUUUUUUAACCGUCGUCGGUGUGGGUCGCGACUGCGGUCCAAAACAUCAUCAGAGUUAGAUUUAUCUGAGUUUGGCCAACGUUCACAGUCCACUGCCUUUUUUGUUAUUUAAUUUCCAAUCCCGUUAUCGUCAAGAGGAAACUGCGGUUUACCAAUGUUUGAUGUGAUGCAGUCUGCAGCUACAAUUGGUGGUGGUGGAACUUAUCCUGCCGGGGGGACCGGAAGUCGUGCUCGAGACUUGGGUCUUCGUGCACAGAAGAAGCUAUUAGGACGAGUGGUCUCCACUAAUGCUGGAAGAUCUCUCUUAAUAGAUGACGCGACCACUUCACUCUUAGACAAUCUCUACAAGUUGAUGGAAAGAGCUACGAAGAAUAAUACAAACUUGGAUAAAAAACAACCAGAGAAAGUUCUUAAGAAUAUUGUUAAAUUAUCCAUCAAGGUUGGACUGUUGCAACGUAAUCAACAACUCGGUCCAGCAGAUGAUGCAAAACUUGUUGAGAUCAGGACAGCUUUGAGAGCAGUAGCAAUGGCUGUUGUCUCCUUCUACGAACUCGAGUUUAGUUUCGACAAAGCGUAUUUAACUCGAUCCCUCGAACGUUGUAGAUCUGCGAUACAGGGUCUUAUAAAACCACAUUUAACAGAUAAAUCUCAGGAUCGGUGCGAUCAAGUUUUCGAUUUUCUAAGAAAUCCUGAAUUUUUAGACGCGGUCUUUAGACAAGAUUCUGAACACAGACCAAUCCUUGGCAUGCUAGUCAGUGAUAUAAACAAAGCCUUAGAUGCUGGACAUCUUUGACUUUUUGUAGAUUCCAUUGUACACCAUCGAUAUUAAAUAAAAUAAAAAAAUAAAAAUGCCAAGAACACAAAGAUCGGUUGGAUCAAUAAUUUUAACGUAGAUUUGUCACACAGAAGAUUGAUUGUAAUAUUUUCUUAAGUGUCCUGUUUUUUUUUUGGCAAACUGUUCUGCCUGUGCAUUAUUUUUUUAGUGAUAUUUUCUUAAAAUUUACGCAUGAAAUAUACCGCACGCCACCGGUAGUCGAUUUUUUUUUUUUUUUAAGAUAACUUAUGAAAAAAUAAAAAAAAACGAUAUAUUUUCCGUAUACACGCACACGUAUACAUAAUACAUACGUGAUCGCUACUCUAGUUUUACGAUCGAUGAACGUAUCUAUUGAUUUCUGCAAUAAUCGUUCAAUACUCUGCUUAAAUUAAGAAUAUCGAUAUAUAUAGAAAUAUAUGUAUAUUAUGUAAACAAAUUAUAUUUAUUCGCGCGCCUAAUUGUUAGGAAUUAUUAUGAAUUAAUAUUAUAAUAAUUUACACUUGUCGCGAAAGUUCGAAUUUUUGACGGUCCUUGAAAGGUAAUGGAGACGCACGUAAUUACUGCACAUUAAAAAGAAAAAGAAAAAAAUAAAGAAA